AUGAAAGAUUUAAUAGUUUUAUUAUUAAGAGUAUAUUUUAUAUUAACUCACCAGCCAUCCAUUGCUGCUGAGUCAUCUUGUGAUCAAGUUCAAUUUAUUGAUCGAAGAGGAUGGAAUGCUAAAGAGCCCGUAUCUAUUACAAAUUUAACAAGUCUACCAUUAUCAUUUUAUGUUAUUCACCAUACAUAUCAACCUCCAAAUUGUUAUGAUGAUGAAUCAUGUCAAAAAAGAGUUCAAGACAUUCAAGAUAUGCAUCAGAUAACGAACGGUUGGGAUGACAUUGGUUACCAUUUUUUGGUAGGCGAAAACGGAAAAGUGUAUGAAGGACGUGGUUGGUCUCGGCAAGGUGCUCAUUCUCCCGGAUGGAAUAAUGAUGCAUUUGGUA